AUGGUGACGGUCUUCGCAGUUCCCAGCCCAGGCCUGGUUCGCCGGCUUCUAGACCAUUUUGCGAAACAUGGCCCUAUGUGGCUAACUUCCAGGAUGGGUAAUCGACGAACUGCGAUCCUCUCUCAUAUUUUCCCGGAAGCCAUGGAAAGCCCCCUUAUCCUCCACUGUGUGCUCAUGAUCGCAGCGAAAGAUUUACUGAAGUAUGAUUCGAACGUGGAAUUACAAGCUUCGGCAGUUGAGUACUACGGUCGAGCUAUUUCGGGCCUGCGUGAGGCUCUCAGUGGAGAGCAAUUGGCAAAUGAACCCACUUCUGGUGCUAUAAUAUCUGGCGCAUCCCCUGCCUACAAUAUCGAAGAAAUGACCUAUGCCCUCAAAACUGGUAAUGCCAAAUUUCUUAUGACCGUCCCUGCCGGUAUGGACGUUGCGGUUCCCGCAGCUCGGGAAGCUGGCAUCCCUACUGAGCGGAUCUUCCUUCUCGAGGGCGAAAAGGGCGAGUAUAUAUCCGUUCAGGAUCUCGUCCGAAAAGGGAGAAGCUAUGGACCCACUGGACAGACGACACCUUUUGAGCUCCCUCGUGGUAAGUCAAACCGGGAUGUGUGUGGAUUUUUAAGUUUUAGUUCAGGAACAACGGGGCUGCCGAAAGCUGUGAUGAUCGCGCAUCACAACGUCAUCGCGCAAUGUAUGCAAGUGGAUCAAAUUUUGCGGAAGGAUGUGAACAAAUCAUUGGCUGUAUUGCCUUUGUUCCAUAUCACUGGGCUGGUUCACCAAAUGCACCUCCCUGUAAUCCGCAAUAGCACCGUGUAUAUGCUCCCGUCCUUCACAAUGGAAUCCAUGCUCGCAACCAUAGUCGAAUAUCAAAUCACCGAGAUUCUCUCCGUACCCCCCAUCAUAAUCCGUCUCCUCACUGAUCCGAUUGUAUCCAAAUACGACCUCUCGCAUGUGAAAACCUUUUCCUCCGGUGCAGCUCCUAUAUCAGGUGAAAUUCUCCAGAAGCUGGAGGCCCGGUUCCCCUGGACAGGGUUUAAGCAGGGGUAUGGGAUGACGGAGUCUUGCAGCUGUAUCACAGCUCAUCCACCUGAAAAGCAGACGUACGAGUAUGCGCAACGGGCGGGGAUACUCGUUGCUAAUACCGAGGUGAAAAUUCUUAACACUCAAAAUGGGAAGGAAUUGGGGUAUGGCGAAGAGGGUGAGAUUCUGGCCCGGGGGCCUCAGGUGGUUAUGGGAUACUUGGGGAAUGAGAAAGCAACGCGAGAAACGUUUGAUUCAGAUGGGUGGUUGCAUACGGGGGAUGUGGGGUAUAUGGAUCAGGAGGGGUUCCUUGUGAUUACAGAUCGGAUCAAGGAGAUGAUUAAAGUGAAAGGGAUUGGGGUUUCACCUGCUGAAUUGGAGGACUUGUUGCUUGGGCACCCUGAAGUGGACGACGCGGCGGUCACAUCGGUCCCAGAUGAUUAUUCGGGGGAGAAACCGAAGGCGUAUGUUGUGGUCAACGCUGCGGCGAAGUCUAGACUGGCGACCGGAGAUGCCGUGAAAAGCGUUGGGAGGGAGCUGAUUGAGUACGUCAAGGCAAAGAAGGUGCGCCAUAAAUGGAUUGUCGAGGUGGAGUUUAUGGAUGAGAUUCCGAAGAGUCCAAGUGGGAAGAUCCUACGGCGAGUACUGAAAGAUCGGGAGAGAAAGAGGGAAAGUGGGGAGAAGAGGUUGGUUGUUCGGGAUGAGAAGGCGACUGCUAAGUUAUAA